AUGAUGGAAACCCUCAUCACUGUCUGGCUUAUCUACUUUCUGAGAAGUGGAGCUUAAAGAUGUCUUUGCUGUUUCCUUCUUCGUUGCAGUGGUUGCUGGCAGGACCUUUGUGAGGAAUAUUUUCCAUAUUGUGAGGAAUAUUUCCCAGACUAACCUUCGCUGAGCUGUAAGAAACUGAUGGCUGCUACAGUUCCACCAGAUGGUUUGAACUGCCUGGAUUUUAAAAAGGAUCAUUAGCAACCGCAACUUCUUCUGCUCCGGAGUUACCCACUCACAUAUGCCUGUGUGUGAAUGUGAUUUUAGUGUGACUGUGUGUUUGUGUUUGCAUCUGCAUGGCGUAAGUGAGAGAUAGAAAAUAUAGAAUUUUCACUCGGAAAGGACAAGAGAGGACGCAGCGAACAAGCUGAAAAACAGGAGUAGCAGCUAUGUCCCAGUGGAGGCACCAUUCAAGGACUGGGUGUCAGCUCCAGACUGCCAAGAGUGGGAGCAGGAUGAUGGGAUAUGUAAGGCUUGAAGGUUCCUUAAGCAGCGGCCGGCGGGUGUCCUCUCUAAUAUGGCUGGGACUGAUGCUGCUGCAGGCAUCUCUGGCCACCGUGAUGGCUCAGAAACUUGACGAGAACGACCCUGUGGUCACCACCACGUACGGCAAGCUGCGUGGCGUUAAGAAGGAGCUCAACAACGAGAUCCUGGGUCCCAUUGUGCAGUUUCUAGGGGUCCCGUACGCCGCUCCACCCACCGGAGAGCGCCGCUUUCAGCCACCUGAGCCCCCGGCGUCAUGGCCGGAGAUCCGCAAUGCCACACACUUUGCCCCGGUGUGCCCUCAGAGCAUCGUGGAGGGCCGCCUGCCGGAUGUGAUGCUGCCGGUGUGGUUCACUAACAGCAUCGACGUGGUGUCCACAUAUGUCCAGGACCAGAGCGAGGACUGUCUCUAUAUUAACAUCUAUGUCCCCACUGAGGAUGUCAAAAGAAUAUCCAAGGAAUGUGCCAGGAAACCGGGCAAGAAAAUAUGUAGACAAGGAGGUCCCCUUACAAAGAAACACACUGAUGAUUUAGGUGAUAGUGACCGCACGGACGACGAAGACAUUAGGGAGAGUGGAAGCCCCAAGCCGGUAAUGGUUUUCAUCCAUGGGGGCUCCUAUAUGGAAGGAACUGGGAAUAUGUUUGAUGGCAGCAUCCUGGCCAGCUAUGGAAAUGUGAUUGUCAUAACUGUCAACUACCGGCUGGGCGUCCUAGGGUUCCUGAGUACAGGUGACCAGGCAGCCAAGGGGAAUUAUGGCUUGCUGGACCAGAUCCAGGCUUUGCGUUGGACCAGUGAGAACAUUGCAGCCUUUGGCGGCGACCCGUUACGUAUCACUGUGUUCGGCUCAGGGGCCGGAGCUUCCUGUGUCAACCUGCUCACGCUGUCUCACUACUCGGAGGGCAACCGCUGGAGCAACUCCACCAAAGGGCUGUUCCAGAGGGCCAUUGCACAGAGUGGCACAGCUCUGUCCAGCUGGGCUGUAAGUUUCCAGCCAGCCAAGUAUGCCCGAAUGUUGGCCCGUAAGGUGGGCUGUAACUUGGAGGACACUGUGGAGCUCGUGGGGUGCCUUCAGAGAAAACAUUACAAGGAGCUGGUGGAUCAGGAUAUCCAGCCAGCCCGCUACCACAUCGCCUUUGGACCUGUUAUUGAUGGAGAUGUUAUACCUGAUGACCCUCAGAUACUUAUGGAGCAAGGUGAGUUCCUCAACUAUGAUAUUAUGCUGGGAGUUAACCAGGGCGAGGGCCUUAAGUUCGUGGAGCUCAUUGUGGACAACGAAAAUGGUGUUCAAGCGAAUGACUUCGACUAUGCGGUGUCCAGCUUUGUGGAUGACCUCUAUGGCUACCCAGAGGGCAAAGACAUCCUCCGAGAGACCAUCAAGUUCAUGUACACAGACUGGGCCGACAGGCACAACCCAGAGACCCGCCGGAAAACACUUUUGGCCCUUUUCACCGAUCACCAGUGGGUAGCACCAGCUGUCGCAACAGCUGACUUGCACUCCAGCUUUGGAUCACCGACAUACUUCUACGCCUUUUACCACCACUGUCAGACAGAACAGGUACCACCGUGGGCAGACGCAGCACAUGGAGAUGAAAUCCCGUAUGUGUUUGGCCUACCGAUGAUUGGACCAACAGAGCUGUUUCCCUGCAACUUCUCCAAGAAUGACGUGAUGCUCAGUGCCGUGGUCAUGACCUACUGGACAAACUUCGCCAAGACAGGGGAUCCAAACCAGCCUGUCCCCCAGGACACCAAGUUCAUCCACACCAAGCCCAAUCGCUUUGAAGAAGUGGCAUGGACACGCUACAAUCAGAAAGACCAGCUUUACCUGCACAUUGGCCUGAAACCCCGGGUCAAAGAGCACUACCGGGCCAACAAGGUCAACUUGUGGUUGGAGCUGGUUCCCCAUCUGCACAGCCUCAACGAGGUCACCCAGCUCAUCCCCACCACCACCAAGAUCCCUCCACCAGAGGCUACCAACCGCACUCCAAAAACCAAGGUUCUGGUGACCAAGCGCCCAAAUCCGACUCCAUUCCCCACUGAGACCCAGGACAGCCACAACCAGCCACAUCUGGUGGACCAGCGUGACUACUCCACUGAGCUGUCGGUGACCAUUGCUGUAGGAGCUUCCCUGCUUUUCCUCAAUAUUCUGGCCUUUGCCGCCCUUUACUACAAGAAGGAUAAGCGCCGGCAUGAUGUCCACAGGCGCUGCAGCCCUCAGCGGAGCGCUACCAAUGAUCUCGCUCACACUCAAGAGGAGGAGAUCAUGUCCCUGCAGAUGAAGCAGCACUCAGACCUGGACUGCAGGGGGGUGAGCGACUCCCUGCACCCGCACGACGUAGUGCUGAGGACUGCCUGCCCGCCGGACUACACUCUGGCCAUGAGGCGCUCACCGGACGACAUCCCACUCAUGACGCCAAACACCAUAACCAUGAUCCCCAGCACCAUGGGGGGGCUCACCUCGCUCCACUCUUUCAACACCUUCCCCAGCAGUGGGCAGAAUAACACCCUGCCCCACCCACACCCACACUCACACUCCACCACCCGGGUAUAGCCAUGUGGAUGCACCCACGCAGGCAGGACUCUGAUGGCUGAGGCAAAAGCUAGCACCACUGCUGCAGCAGAGACUUAAGGCCGACAUGCUGACAAACACAGAUAUGUCAGGAGCUGUAACGCCAGCCUGGAGUUGUCAGACACCCAUGGAAUUACACUGGGAUUGUACAACACCCUGUUAAUACCUGAGGGAAUAUAGUCAAGGGAUUUCUGGGGGUUUGGACCAGAGGAAAAAAAAAGAAUAAUUAUGUUUUUGUAGAAAAAUAAAAGACAAGCAGAAAAAAGUACAAAUAAGGAGUUGAAAAAAAACAACCUCACAAGCUAAAACAAAGAGGAUGAUGUUUUUUAUUAUUAUUUUUGUUCUGAUAUUGCAGCAAAACAAGGUACAGUAAACUACUUUUUCUUUUUAGCGACAGAUAUGGCCUUCGGGAUCUUUUGACAAAUGACUGCUUGACAGUAUUAUCUGGAAGCAGAACAGAGCAUCAGACACGCCUCGGAGGUAAGAAGAGGGGAGCACUUUGUAAAAGAAAGAAAACAUAUUGUUUUCCUUUGGCAUCACACUGCAGAUUACUCUGUUUGUGGGGCACAGAGUAGAUGCGGCGCAAACCAAUUUAGGCAUGUGUUAACUUCAUAAAUGGAGGCUAUGUAAGAUAAAGCAAAAACAAUUGUUGAAUAGAACAAAGGAAGGACUGGAAACUCCAAGGAAAAAAAGAUGCACAAUGGAACCAUUUUGCGGAAAAAAAAUGUCACAGAUACUUUUCAUUCAUUUAUUUUUGAGGAUCGGGAACAAUUUUAUUGUAUAGAACCUAUUUACAUAUCUAGAUCUGUACACUAAGCACCAGGCUGUU